UGCUUUCCUUCCAGGACUACGUACGUCGGCUUGGCUCAUCAUGGGAGGAUGCUUCUCCAAACCCAAGCCAGUUGAAGUGAAAAUCGAAGUGGUGUUGCCAGAGAAAGAGAGGGCCAAAGAGGAGAUGUCUCCCAACGGGAAAGCCAGCCCCAUCAUCUACAAAGCCAACGGCACUUCGCGACAUUACCAGCUGGAGGAGCACCCCCUCGCGAUCAACCCCUACCGGAACCUGAAGGACGUGGUCGAAGCCUCUGUUUGUUACGUGAAGGACCUGGACAACGGACAGAUGCGAGAGGUAGAUCUGGGCUGUGGGAAGGCGCUGCUGGUCAAAGAAAACGGGGAAUUUUAUGCCACGGGCCACAAGUGUCCUCACUAUGGUGCACCGUUGGUGAAAGGGGUUUUGUCCAAAGGGCGGAUACGCUGUCCCUGGCAUGGGGCUUGCUUCAACAUUGGCACAGGAGAUAUAGAAGACUUCCCAGGGUUGGACAGUCUGCCAAAAUUUCAGGUGAAAAUUGAGAAAGAGAAGGUGUACAUCCGAGCAAGCAAACAGGCUCUUCAGAUGCAGAGACGGACAAAGGUGAUGGCCAAAUGCAUCUCCCUGAGCAACUACAGCAUCAGCAGCACAAACGUCCUCAUCAUUGGGGCAGGUCCCGCUGGACUGGUGUGCGCAGAAACAUUACGACAAGAAGGCUUCUCGGACCGGAUCGUGAUGUGCACAAUGGACAGGCACUUGCCCUACGACCGGCCGAAGCUAAGUAAGUCGAUGGAUUCUCAUGCUGAUCAGAUUGCUUUGCGCCCGAAAGAAUUCUUUCGCACGUACGACAUUGAGGUCCUGACAGAAAUGCAGGUUGUCGCCGUGGAUGUCAAGAACAAGACGGCCGUCUUCAAGGAUGGGUUUAAGAUGGAGUACAACAAACUGCUGCUUGCAACUGGAAGCACACCCAAAACCCUUAGCUGUAAAGGCAAAGAGGUGGAAAACGUUUUUACCAUCCGGACGCUGGAAGACGCCAACCGGGUGGUAAAGUUGGCCACCAGCAAAAAUGCUGUCGUUGUAGGUGCCUCUUUCCUAGGGAUGGAGGUGGCAGCCUACCUGUCGGAGAAGGCCCAUUCCGUCUCUGUGGUCGAGCUGGAAGAGGUGCCUUUCAAGAAGUUCUUUGGGGAGAAGGUUGGGCGUGCCAUCAUGAAGAUGUUUGAAAACAACCGGGUGAAAUUCUAUAUGCAAACUGAAGUAUCCGAACUGCGGGAACAGGAGGGCAAGCUAAAGGAGGUUGUGCUGAAGAGUGGCAAAGUCCUCCGUGCCGAUGUCUGUGUCAUAGGCAUAGGUGCGACUCCAGCGACCGGCUUCUUGAAGCAGAGUGGCAUUCAUGUGGACUCAAAAGGUUUCAUUGUAGUGAACAAGAUGAUGCAGACGAGCAUCACGGGCACCUUUGCAGCCGGGGAUGCCGUCGCCUUCCCACUGGCGCUGAGGAACAACAAGAAGGUGAACAUUCCUCACUGGCAGAUGGCUCACAUGCAUGGGCGCAUAGCAGCGCUAAACAUGUUGGCCCACGGGACCGAAAUCAGCACAGUUCCUUACCUGUGGACAGCUAUGUUUGGCAAGAGCAUCCGCUAUGCAGGCCACGGGGAAGGAUUUGAUGAUGUGAUUAUUCGGGGGGACUUAGAUGAGCUGAAGUUUGUGGCUUUUUACACCAAGAACGAUGAGGUGGUUGCUGUGGCAAGUAUGAACUACGAUCCCCUUGUCUCCAAGGUUGCGGACGUCAUGGGUGCUGGCAGAGCGAUCCGGAAGCGAGACGUGGAGCUCUUCAUCCGCUAUGGCAAAACUGGAGACAUGUCCUGGCUCACUGGAAAAGGCUCCUAA